CUUUCGGGCCCGCGGCGCAGGAGUAAGGGCGCUGUGCCGGGGCGGAGACCCGGCUGCGGGCUUGCGGCGGCUGCGCGCCCGCGGACUUCCCGCCUGCGCCGGGCGGCGGGCCUCUCGGGCCAAGUGGGGAGCGGGCGGCGGGCGGGCAGGUGGCCCCGGGCCGCCGCGCCCGCGCCUUGGCUCUGCCCCCGGGAGCCGAGCGAGCCGCUGCUCCCUCGUGGUGUGAGGGCGGUGAUGUUUUUCCUCCCACCCACUUUGGAGUCCCCCCUCCCCCUUCGCGCGCACUCUAGCUCUCGCCACAACCUGCGAGCCCCAGACCUCGGAGGAGCGCCCCGGGGAGCUCGGAGCGCGUGCACGCGUGGAAGACGGAGCAGGCCAGUGGCCAGCAGCUUGAAUACACUGGGCCCUGAAAGGUUUGAGCGGCCUUUUGCAGUGGUGAAGAUGAGAAAAAAGUGGAAAAUGGGAGGCAUGAAAUGUAUCUUCUCCUUGUUGCUGUUCUUUCUUUUCCUAGAAGGAAGCAAAACAGAACAAGUAAAACGUUCAGAGACAUACUGUGUGUUUCAAGACAAGAAGUACAGAGUGGGCGAGAGAUGGCAUCCGUACCUGGAACCCUAUGGGUUGGUUUACUGCGUCAACUGCAUCUGCUCAGAGAAUGGGAAUGUGCUUUGCAGCCGAGUCAGAUGUCCAAGCCUCCAUUGCCUGUCCCCUGUGCAUAUCCCUCAUCUGUGCUGCCCGCGCUGCCCAGAAGACUCCCUACCCCCGGCAAACAAUAAGGUGACCAGCAAGUCGUGUGAGUACAACGGGACCACUUACCAACACGGUGAGCUGUUCGUGGCUGAAGGGCUCUUUCAGAACCGGCAACCCAAUCAGUGUACCCAGUGCAGCUGUUCGGAGGGGAAUGUGUACUGUGGUCUCAAGACUUGCCCCAAGUUAACCUGUGCGUUCCCAGUCUCUGUUCCGGAUUCCUGUUGCCGGGUGUGCAGAGGGGAUGGAGAAUUGUCGUGGGAACAUUCUGAUGGUGAUAUCUUCCGGCAACCUGCCAACAGAGAAGCAAGACAUUCCUACCACCGCUCUCACUACGACCCUCCACCAAGCCGACAGGCUGGAGGUCUGCCCCGCUUUCCUGGGGCCAGAAGCCACCGAGGAGCUCUUAUGGAUUCCCAGCAAGCAUCGGGCACCAUCGUGCAGAUUGUCAUCAACAACAAACACAAGCACGGACAAGUGUGUGUUUCCAAUGGAAAGACCUACUCCCAUGGCGAGUCCUGGCACCCGAACCUCCGGGCGUUUGGCGUUGUGGAGUGUGUGCUGUGCACUUGUAACAUCACCAAGCAAGAGUGUAAGAAAAUCCACUGCCCCAGUCGAUACCCCUGCAAGUAUCCGCAAAAAAUAGAUGGAAAGUGCUGCAAGGUGUGUCCAGGUAAAAAGGCAAAAGAACUUCCAGGCCAAAACUUUGACAGCAAGGGCUACUUUUGUGGAGAAGAAACAAUGCCCGUGUAUGAGUCUGUGUUCAUGGAGGAUGGGGAGACCACCAGAAAAAUAGCCCUGGAGACAGAGAGACCACCUCAGGUAGAGGUCCACGUUUGGACCAUCCGGAAGGGCAUUCUCCAGCACUUCCAUAUUGAGAAGAUCUCCAAAAGGAUGUUUGAGGAACUCCAUCACUUCAAGCUGGUGACCAGGACAACCCUGAGCCAGUGGAAGAUAUUCACCGAAGGAGAAGCUCAGAUCAGCCAGAUGUGUUCAAGUCGUGUGUGCAGAACAGAGCUUGAAGAUUUGGUCAAGGUUUUGUACCUGGAGAGGUCUGAAAAGGGCCACUGUUAGACGAGACAGACAGUAUUGGAGAGGGUAAAGCAAGAAAACUCAAGCUGCAGCUGGACUGCGGGCUGAUUUUGCUUAAGUCAACAGUGCCCUAAAACGCCAAACUCAAAUGCAGUUCAUUAUUCACGCCAUGCACAGCAUAACUUGCUCCUUUAUGUGGAGUGGUGUGUCAGUCCUUAAACACCUCCUGCAAAGAGACUAGAAGAGUCUUGAGUUAUUUGUGGGAGGAGGAGGGCUAGAACACCACAACACUGCUCUAGUUUCUGGGAGAAUCACAUUUCUUCACAGGUUAAAGAGUAAACCAAACCCUAGGGUUUCUAUCUAGAAAGUUACUCCAAUGAAAGAAAACCGAUGAGUAUUUGCUUAGUAGGAGUUGUGUAGUACAGAGAAAAUAUGUGUAUGAAAUUAUACUCUUUGAAUUUUAGGAUGUCUUGUGUUUUUAAGAAAAUAUUAACUGCCCAUCCUCAUCCACACAGACACACAUGCCUGUAUGCAAGCAUGCAUGUGUGCACACGUGUGCACGCACACGCACACGCACACACACACACACACACACACACUAAACUGCCGCCUUCCUUCUGAGGCAAAGCCAGCAUAGACUCUCCCCUCCUUUCCCUCGCCUGGCUCCCAAGUAGCUCUGAAGUUGUGGGUACUUCUCUUUUCUCCCUGAGCCUGUGGGGGGCCCCGUAAAGACGUUAGAACGGAGUAAAAUCUUCAGAAACUGAAUCCACAGAAGACAAAAUAAUUGUUGAAGAAAAUGGUGGAUGGAAGUCAACAAGGAAACCUUGUGUUUUCAAGUCAAUAAGAGUCCCCAACAAAUAGCUCAAUACUCGCUAAUUUUCUUGAUAGCCAGGGUUCUGUAGUCCAAAAAUUUAGGUUAAAUGAUUACAUUCUAGAAGCUUCUUAAAAGGGCGGUUUUCCUUCUUCUCCAAUUACAGGAGUUCAUUUUGACUUUGCAAAGGGGCUCAGUCCCCACAAGCUUCUGAAGGUUGGCUGUUCAGUUAGGAGAAUUGUUGCUCAUGUGGGGAAGUGGAUAUUCUGACAAGGAUCUUUGUUCUAAACUUUCCUACCAUUCUCAUCUCAUCCACCAAGCAGGGAUUUGAGUCAUGAAUCCUAGAGAAGGCUGCUCAGAAACUGUCUAUUCACAGCUCGAUACCAGAGCAGAACUUACCGUUCUGAGGCCUGGCUUUAGACAUCAUCUUUGUGGCAAAACUAUAAAUUCUCCACAAGGAUCUCAAGCCUGCCUUCUAGAUUCAUCCCUUCUGAGGGGCUUGAAUGAACUCUGAUGAGUACUCAGAAGUAUCAGGGACGCAGACAUCCUGUAUUUCCCACUCCAUGACCAUAGGAGAGAGGAACGUUAUUUUCCUUACAGUCGAUGACACCAAUAGGGAAAAAUGUAAAAAUCUUUAUGGCAACCUGGCAUAAUGGAGGCUGUCCUCCUAAAAGAGAUACAGGGGCGCCUCGUGGCCAGGCCUUCACCAGACAAGCCUCCUACCAACCCUUCAUACAUACUCUCCACAGGAAAGGGAGGGAGGACAUCCAGGGCUGAGGGGCCAGAAAGCAUUACUGGGGACGAGGCUGCUAAGUAGCUUCGGCCUCCCUCCCAGAGGUGGCAGCAUUUCCAUAGUGUGGAAACAAGUAACUGGAUCCUCAAGCCAAGUGGUGAUUUCCCCUUCUGGAUGACUCACCCCAAAGCCUUCCCACCCAGGUGUUCUCUGAAAGCUCAACCAUAAGGGAACACCCAGAGAGCUUCCCUAGAUAGACGUCUGCCCCCAGGUGCGGGGACACAUCUUUCCCAUGUGCUGUGUGUAGCAGGGGCUGGGGAGCUGUGCUAGGCCAACGUAGAAACCUUGCGGGGUUCUGGGUGGUAUAAGCAGUAGGGCAUGGGGAGAAGAGGCGGAGUCCCCUGUAGUUAGGAGAGGAAUGGAUGUGGUUCUUCUUGUGUAUUUAUUUGUAUCAUAAACACCUGGAACAACAAAGACCAUAAGCACCAUUUAGCAGUUAUAGCCAUGUUCUAGUUAACUCGUGUAAACAAGUAAGAGUAAACGUAAAGUAACAGUAUUAGCCUUUUGUUCUUCUUACAGGACACGUACCUGAAUAGGGUACUUAUUUAUGUAGUCACUGUAUUUCUGGAUUUUUAAAUUAAUAAAAAAGUUAAUUUUGAAAAAUCAUCUGCAGGAAUGCUGCGGGAGUGAUUGAGUCCCUGGUCGGUGCUGACCUCGGACCAAGUAGCGGGCGAUGGGUGGGCUUGGCUGUUUCACACUCAGCUUGAUGCCCCCUCGCUCCCACUGUGGCAACUUCGCUAAGAGUGGGGACUUUGCGGUCAGCCUGCCUGUGUUUCUAAUCCCGGCUCUGCACUUCCCAGCUGUGUCAGUCUCCCCAUCUCCCCAUCUCCCCAUCUGUGAAACGGGGAUAAAUAUGGUGCUAUUGCCUUUUGCCUGCAAUCCCACGGUGAGGCUUAAUCUAGCCAGUGCAUGUCAAGGGAUUAGCAGACGUUCAUUUAUGACCAUGGAUGUUCUCGAAGGGCAUGGCCAAGACACUGAAGAGGUUGGGGACAGAAGGCCACUGACUUGGGUUUCAGGAGGGCCUCAAUUUCAGUCUGCUGCACAGGGAACAAGGUGAGAGUUUUGUCAUAUAUGUUAAUCCAAACCAGGUUGCCUCAAACCCCUAAGAGCAAUUAGAUGUGUGCUUGUGCCGAAGCCAGGAGAGCCUGAGUGUCAGAUGAUAGAAGGACACAAAAGUGUGCACUGGGCUGAGCAACACAGAAGUCAUUGGUGGUGACGUGUUGGGGGAGUGAUGGGAGCAGAAGCUGGAAGUGAGUGGGGAGGUAAGGAAUUGGAGACAAAAAUUAGAGCCACUCCUUGAAGAAGCUUCAUUACAGAAAGUGGAGAGAUUACAUGAAGGAAGUAGCUGGGAAAGAUACGGGGUCAAAGGAAAGUUUGGGGGGUUUUGGGGGUUUUUAAAGAUUUGUGUAUUUAUUUCAGAGAGAGAGACAGAGAGUGUGCAAGCAGGGGGAGGGGCAGAGGGAGAAGGUAUUUAGACUCCCCGCUGAGCAUGGAGCCCAGUGCGGGGCUCGAUCCCACAACACUGAGAUCAGGACCUGAGCCGAAACCAAAGGUCAGACGCUUAACCGACUGAGCCACCCAGGCGCCCUGGCAAAGUUUUUAUUUCAAAUAUGGUAGAUACUUGGCCAUGUUUGAGUACUGAAGGGAGAGACCCUAUGGAAAGGAAAAGAUUGAAGGUAAUGGGGAAAGAAGUGUUACCUUGGUGUGGGAGGUGCACGAGAAGCCAUUUCCCCAUGCUGAGCCUCGAAACCCACAAUCCUUGACCUACAACUUGGCCCGAAUUUUGGCCUCUGGUGGCCCACCCCUUACUGUGCAUUCCGCUGUACCUAGUUCCCCUCAUCUCUGUUAGCUUGCCCCCACCCCCCCCUUACAAAACCCAGCAAACUUUCCUCUGCAACGGUGGGCUCUAAAUCCCCACAUUACUCCACCUCCAGUGGGGGGACCACAUAAAACUUAAACCAGACACUCUGGCUCCCUCUGGCACUCUUCCUUUGCCCUGAUCACCCGCAUCCUGGCAAUAUGGUCUCCUAGGAGUGGCCCAUGUUUAUUGGUGUUUGCCCUUCUCUCCUCCUACAGGAUUUUUCCUCUCUGUAGUCUCCACACCCGGGUGAUUCCGAGAAAGUCCCAGAGGUCAUUUCAUGUGGGCCACCCACUGCUUCCAUCACCACACGUCUUCUGACACUCCCCACCACUACUCGCUGGGAUAUGGCUGGUGGGGCUCCUUCUGCAGGCCUAGAGGUGCCAGCAUGGUGGUGGUGGUGCUCCGAAAUCCCCAGUGGCACCUUAUCCUGUGCACAAGUGGAGAGAAGGCUCCCCUCCCUCCCUACCUGUGAUGUUAUAUGUUGCCACCUUCCGUGAAACCAGUUUAACACAUAGGCAGGGGUCUUCUUGUGCCUCAGAGUCUCUUGGACUUUUGCACCGAAAUGAAUCCUUCAAGUUCCAUUUCCAGUCCUUUCGUUGCCAGGACGCAGAGGCUGGGCUGAGUAUAAGCCUCUAAGACAGACAUGAGACUGUCCUCCUAAUCCCUCUUCCUUAUGGUUCCUGUGUACGGCCUCUGUUCCCCACUGAAUCCCUCAUGCAGACUGACUUCAGGGGGCCCACCCCACCGGUCAGCCAAACAAGCUCAGAUACCUCUGAAACCUCUCCAUGGGAGACAGGAGUCCUUAAAUGCAGAGCUCCAGCGACAGCACACAGUCUCCCAAAUAGUUCAUACACAUUUACAACAUUGGGCCUUUGUAUAUACUCUUCCCACCACUAGAAUGUUCUUCCCUCUCCUUUGCCCGGCAGACUCCUACUCAUCCUUCAAGACCCAGUCAAAAUGUCACCUCCUCUGCGGAUCCUUGCCUGCUCCCUUCCUAGUUUGCUACCGUUUGUCCUUUCUCCCUAUGUACUGUAUCCUCCCGCCAUGCCAACUCCAUUCUUCUGGAACUUAGUACCUAGUACGAAGUCCUUAGUACUAAGAAGUACUAACAAGAACUCGUACUUAGAAGUCCUUAGUACUUCUGUUCCUUUGCACCUAGCUCCCUCUGCCUGGAAUAUUCAUCCCCUGAUGUGUCCACUUAUUGAACACCUACUCAUCUUUUAAAACUCACAUUGCUCAUCUCAGACCUGGGCCACCUCUUUCAGGCAGUUAGUUGUGCCCUCCCCCAUGCUCUUACGAAAUAACAACCAAAGCACUUAGCUCAUGCCAGUCUCUGGAGUACGAUCUGUUGACAUGCGUGUUUUCUUAGUUAAUCCUCAACCACCGCCCUGUGCGGUAGGUCCUAUUAUUGGCCCUAUUUUAGAGAUGAGGACAUUAAGAGCACUCACAUUUUCCAUGCCAUUACAGUGGACCCUUUAAUAACUUGGGGAUUACAGGUGCCAGCCCCCCGCCACAGUCAAAAAUUUGCAUAUAACUAUCGACUCCCCCAAAACUUAACUACUAAGAGCCUCCUGUUGACCAGAAGCCUUACCGAUAACAUCAAGAGUUGAUUAACACAUAGUUUGGAUGUUAUAUGUAAGAUAUACUGGAUUCUUACAGGAAAGUAAGCUAGAGAAAAGGAAAUGGUAUUAAGAAAAGCAUAAGGAAGAGAAAAUACAUUUACAGUACUGUACGAUGCAAAAUUUGCGUGUUGAACUGAACCUGCACAGUUCAAACCCAUGUUGUUCAAGAGUCAACUGCAUGCAUAAAAAUGACAUAUUUGCUCAGCCCCAGUCUCCCUGAUUAGACUGGAGAACUCUGAGAGGGCAGAGACCCGGUGGCCAGCACUUUUAGGCAUUCAAUAAAUAUUUGCCAAGUGCAUGGUCAGUCUAGUGAGAUUCUUUCUCCAGUUGAGAAAGAAAGCAGUCCCGAGAUUACUUGAAUAUCCAGUCCUUCAGAACAUCUUCUCUGUCACCCCAUCUAAGAAAACCGAAUAAAAUCUUGGUUAACAAAUACAAAUGAAAAAGUGCUUGUUUGCCACGCAAAAUGAUUUGCCAUAAGGCUUCUUUUAAAAAUAGCUCACAGAUAACAGAUUUACACAUAGAUUUUUUUCUUUUUCUUUUUCUUUUUUAGUGCUUAGAGCAAGAUGUAGACAUUUGUGGCAUAGACCUCACAGCUGUGAAGGAUUCUUGCUAAGGCUUCAAUGACAAGUAGUAUCUAUAUUUCUAUAUAGACUCUCUAUAUUGCAAUAUAAUAUUUGGAAUAGCCGUAGUGCAUGUUACAAUACUUAUAUCUCUAUCCAUGUCUGUGUGUGUGUGUGAAUAAUUAGAUUCCAACAUGGUGUGUAUGGAGCUUUCGCAAAAUGGACCAUACAAGAAACCCGAGGCCUGGUUUCAAGUUACCAUACACAAGAGUUCUGCGCUGCCUCCCAAGUUUAAGCAGUCCCCAAUCUGGGAGUGAAGUGUUGGCCCACAAGUUAGAAUCCAGCAUUUUCUUUUCUUUUUAAGAUUUUAUUUAUUUAUUUGAGACAGAGAGAAUGAGAGAGAGAGAGCACAUGAGAGGGGGGAGGGUCAGAGGGAGAAGCAGGCUCCCUGCCCAGCAGGGAGCCCGAUGCGGGACUCGAUCCCGGGACUCCAGGAUCAUGACCUGAGCCGAAGGCAGUUGCUUAACCAACUGAGCCACCCAGGCGCCCAUAGAAUCCAGCAUUUUCUUAUAGAAACAUCAUUUUAUUUGACGCUUGGAUUCCCGGGCCAGUCCACACAAGCCUCUUGAACCCUGAACAUAACCAAGUUAUAUAUAUAGUACUAAUUAGUACCUGCUUAAGCUCAGUCCUGGGGGCAAGGGUGGGUGGUGAGGAGUGAGCAGGGAGUUUCACCUUUCUGGAUGGGGCGGCGGAGAGGUGGGUGAGGAGCCGGCUGGAGGCAAAAUGUCAAAGACAGAGUUUGUCCUGACAGCCUGUUUCGUCACGCACUCUCUCUCCAGUCCGGCGCUGUCAUCCCGCCCUUCGCAUCCGGCUAUCCCAGACCCAGGCCUGCCUGGCCCCACGGAGGGGACCGCAGGCUCCACCAUGAAGGACCUCCUUCGGACAACAAUCAGAACCUGAAUCCCUACGGGGUGGUUGUCUGGGCAUUAGAGAGGAAGCACAUUGAGUCAAGUGAGUGAGAGAUCCUUAACCCUCAGAUACCUUUUCACUUUUAAAGACUUUAUUAGUCUUCAUUACCCUCAAAAUGAAUUCCCCAAUUACAAAAUUACAGGCAGAAGGCUGGAGUGAGUGAAAACCUUCUGACAAUGGAGACAGUAGGAGGAAGGGGUGUGUGUGUGUGUGUGUGUGUGUUGGGGGUGAGGGGUGAGGUUUGCUCUCUGGUGGAGGGAUGGGGGCAAGUAGAGAGCAUCAAGUAAGCAAGCCAUACUCUCGUUUCUGCCUGAGUCUCUGCAGUCCCCACCCACCGCCACCUCUUGGAAACAGCACUAUGCCAUUCCUCCUGCUUUCCAGCUUUCUCCUUUCACUUCUUUAUUAUUAUUAUUAUUAUUAUUAGUUUCAGGGGUAAGAAUCAGUGACUCAUCAGUUGCAUAUCACACCCAGAGCUCAUUCCAUCAAGUGCCCUCCUUCAUGCCCGUCUCCCAGUUACCCGCUCUCCCCACCUGCCCCCUCCAGCGACCCUCAGUUUGUUUCCUAGAGUUAAGAGUCUCUUAUGGUUUCCCUCCCUCUCUGUUUUCACCUCCUUUUACUUCUGAACCUGCUACAUGUCUAAAAUGCCCAGGUUUGGGUUUGUUUAUGGUGGAAAGUAGCAGCUUCCAUUGGGGGGCGGUGCUCUUUUAAAAGCAUUGUUGACCUGCAGGCUGUGCAUUAGCCCUCACAGGGCUGUGGCCAUGUACUAGCCCCAAGAGGGGGCACUUAGAAGUGAAUUCUGAAAUUCAGCAAUGUAUCCGAGGAGAGAGAUUGCUUCAUCAGGAGGGAGUCUGGGUAAAAGAAAACACUGCAGAAGGGCUCAAGUCAGUUUUCACUCUUGCAGUCAAGAUGUUCACCUCUGUUCAAAGAAUCACCACAGUUAAUAAUAGAAUCACAUAGGAAGUUUGGAGUCAAACGUAGCGAGGACUUAGCGAGGAGUCCUCUCCUGUCAGGGAACCAAGAGAAGACAGGGAAUUAACAUAUGCAAACAAUUCACAUUUCUUUCCCUUUCUCCCGGUUUCCUACAUCUCUUUAAAAAAAAAAAAAAAAAGAUGUAUUUAUUUAUUUUAGAGAGAGGGGGUGGGCAGAGGAAGAGAAUCUUUCAGGCAGACUUCCCACUAAGCAUGGAGCCCGACACGGGGCUUGAUCUCACAACCCAUGAGAUCAUGACCUGAACCGAAAUCAAGAGUCGGACGCUUAACCGACUGAGCCACCCAGGUGCCCCUCUACAUCUUUUAAUCUCUGAUUCCCUAUCUGUAAAAUGGGAUAAGAAGAGUCCCUGCUUCAAAGGGUUGCUGUGGGACUUAAAUGAGAUAAUGUACUGUGUUCGUGAUAGUGACAGGCACAUAGUAAGUGCACAGUAAAUUCCAUUUUUAAAAAAUUCAGUGAGCCAUUUAUCCUUGAACUCCAGUCAUUCAAAGAAAAGGGAAAGCAGCCAAAGCUUGGCUUAUUUCAGGCAGAAAGUAGAACCUGAGCCUGGUUUUGAAGGAAGGGCCAACCUGGGAUAACUAAAAAGAAGAAGACUUCUGGGGGUUCUGGUAUAGAAAAGGAGAGGGGGUGUCCCCGCAGGACUUCCGCCAGGCUUUAGUAAGAGCAAGAAUCUGAUUUUAGUGCCAAGGAGAGGAGGAAGAAAUCUACCCCCUGGAAUAUGGGAGUUGAGGCCACUGCUGUUCGUUUUAAAAUGUCACCACAUGACUACAAGGUAGGAAAGCCUGACUGACCCCUUUUUUGUGUUGUUCUGAAAAAAUGACCUGGGGGUGGUGGUUGACCAUAAUUCCAAUAAAAGCCCACGGUGUGACAUGUGACAUGGCUCUUUCCAAUGUUCAUUUACCCACAGGCUGUAGUCAUAGAAACACUUCUGUGUCUUCACUCAGGUCUGGCACACCCAGAGAGGGCCACGUACUGGACUUGGUUCUGGGGUUCUGGCGGUGGACAAGAUAGAGCUGGCAUUUGCUUCAAGCAAAGAGCUCAUUGUCUACCAGAGAAUAAUCCCAAGGGUGGUAAGAAAGGGCAAGACCAAGGGGGCGAUGAGAGUGUAGGUCAUAAAGACUUGUCCUUAUCAUGGAAGGACAAGGAAGAUUUCCCCAAGGAAAUGACAUUGAAGGGGAGGCUUGAAGGAGGCUGAGAGUUGGGGUUCCACACCAUAUUUUGUUUGCAAACAGGGCGUCCCUGCUUCCAAAGGGUUCAAACAAGCAUUGGACUGAAGCACGGAUUCUGCGUGUGACUCGCAUUACCACGCAGGCGCUCCUGGCGGGGAGAGCUGGGUACCCACUGUACGUCCUCCCCUAUAAAGAAAUCCCACCAGUGAAAGUAGAGAGCAGAGUCCUAAGGGGAUGGAACACAAGACGGAAAUUUCGAUGGAGGAAAGGGGUAUGAAUCUGAAGUCUUACCUGAAAGCUCAGCCUGAGGCGUGACCCUCCCGAGGGGAUGAGGGAACCCCAGAGGUGCUACUGCUGCGGAGGCAGUGGGGUACCCAGGGGAUUAGUGUUUGAGCACUGCCGCUGUUCAGAAUUACUGGAACACGGUGAUAAUAAAGGUCUGACUAACUUUUAGUCAGCUCUACGGUUUUACGUGCCCUAGGAACACCGUACCUGCUCCCCUGACUGCAGCCUGGGAACUGCUCUGGCCCUCCACCUCAGUCCCCUCCUCCUUCCACCCUCCUGUGCCAUUAGGUGGCCCUCAGCAAGAGGUUGGAGAGAGGCAGACAACGAAGUUGUUAGCCCAGGUCUCCAGAGCCUUUGCCCCCGCAAUUCCAAGAAAACUCCCUCUAAGAAAAUUAGCUCUCUCUUGGGAUAUGGCCUCUUCUCAAGCAACCGAAGUCAUUGUGCUCUGGCCUCAUUAGUGCCAAGGAAAGCAGCCACUUAGGGCCCUGAGGUCAUGUCAGGUAGAGAGGAGAAUUGAGGCAAUAGGCUGGUUUUCCGACAACUCAAGAUCCCCUUCUGCAGGGACUGGCCAAUUGUUUCCUCAAGUGUCUCUUUUGCUUUGGCUAGUGGAGACCCAGUCGGAGUGUGAUUACUCUCCUGGAUCUGAAACAAAGACACAAUCACAUGGGGUGGGAUUGGAAAGGACCAGAUAUUAACCCCAAGCCACAGGCAGGGGGAUGCCUGGAGCAGUGCAACAGGCCUGAGGAGGCUCUGACGCAAUGCAAUGGGGAAGGGGGAGGGUGUUUGGUUGAAAGGAAAAGGUCAGUGUGUAUUUGAAGUCAGAACUGUGGCUGAUGGGACGCCCUCAAGUUUUGGAAACUGAGGACAAGCUCCAAGAAUAUUGAGACAUCCUGGCAACUUUGGAGAGGGAACCCCUCCAGAAAAACACAAGACAAUUCGAGCUGAUUGAAUGGCUUUGGAUAAGAAGUGGGACUCCGGGUGGGAUGGGACGGGGAAGGUUUGCAAGCAAGUAUCGGGGGAGGAGUUUCUGGGAAGGAACAAAGGGAAGGGAGAAGCUCCAAAGAAAAGGAACUCUAAAAGUCAUCUGCUAACUUUGGGGGUAGAUAUCACUAUCUCCUUGCCCUCCCAACAGACGAAGAAGCGGGUAGAUGCGGUCUGGAUCACACAUUUGGCAGCCCCCUCCUUCCUUUUAGACCCCACCCCUGGUGCUCAGCACCCUUCUUUUCCCCCCUCGAGUGUCUUCCAACACGCGAGAACAUUCAGGGUUUGGCUCUUUGGAGCGGUACCAGCCAAACAUUAAUCCGUCAGACUCUGACUACUGUCAUCAAUACAAAAAGCAUCCAUUUCCCCCAAGCACGCGGGGCCCUCCAAAUGCUGAACUUCCUAGCCCCCUAGACCUGCUUGGGGCCAUUUCUGAUUCCCACUCUGCUUUUAGGAUGAAAUUGUUUCAUGGGCUACCCAGAAGCAGUCCAGUGAAUUAAGACCAUUGUGUUAAUGACUGCUGAUCAGUUGACU